AUGGAUCCACACGUGCUGGGUAUGAUGCGGAAAGAGGUUCAGGUCUUGUCAGCCCUUGACCACCCCAACAUUGUGCGGCUCUAUGAAUUUGCGGAGGACGAGAAAACUCAAGAAUUGGUGCUGAUUCUGGAGUACGUCCCUGGCGGCGAUUGCAUUGACCUGCUGGAGGAGCGUGAGCGGUUGCUACCCGAAAAGUUGGUGGCCAGGAUCAUUCAUCAGUUGCUGGUGGUCCUGAACUACUGCCACAAAAGUGGCAUCACUCAUAGAGAUGUGAAGCCUGAGAAUAUCAUGCUGACAUCCCUGUCUGACGACGCUUUCUGCAAGGUGAUCGACUUCGGCCUGGCAACGCCAUACAAAGGCAGAGUGAAGGAAUUUGCGGGCACUGUAUCGUACUUGGCGCCAGAGCUUGCAAUCGCACAGGCGGAGAUGCUCAGGAAUUGCCCCAAUUGGUAUAUAUAA